AUGAGCAAGGGUACAAUGUCAUUGUGGCACAUUGUUAACCCGCUGCGACCGGACAGCCUUUUCCGCGUCAUGUCGGCGACCUUUGCUCACAUGCAUUUACUAUUAGCAGAGGGAGGCAUUUGUGAUAUACCAAGGGCCUUAGCCACCGUGUGUAGCCUAAAAUACUCAUCUACCGCGGAAACUAAUCCGUAUUUCCAUGCCGCCCACGCUGUAUCCCAGAUCCUGGGCCUCCCGGAUAGCGAGAUCACAACAGGUCAACCUCAACUCUUCAUGCGGAGUAUCCAUGGGCCUUUUGAAGACUUGCUCUGGAAAAAGGACCCUACAGCGCUAUUAUUGCUCUAUCUAUGGUACCGCAAAGCAAGUCGCAGUAUAUGGGUGGAUUGA